AUGGUUCAUCAUCAAAAUUAUUCAUUGGACAUCCGAUCUCGGGUCAUUUGUGAUCGAAUAAAGGGUCUAACCUACAAGCAAUGUGCAGAAAAAUAUCAAAUAUCGAUAAGUGGUAUUAGAAAGAUGUGUAUAAAAUUUGAAACAACUGGUUCUGUUGAAAAUCAGAAAAGAUUUGGUCGCCCCCCUAAGACUUCAACAAGAACUGAUAUGCUAAUUGCGCGAAUAGCAAAACAAAAUUCAACAAUAACCUCAAGACAGAUUGUUGAAAAUCUUAAAUUAAAUGUUUCCAGUCGAACUGUACAGAGAAGACUUAAUUCAAGUGGUUUAAUAAACCGUCUUCAAAAAAGUAAACCCCUCAUUAGUGGUAUAAACAAAAAAAAACGCUUAGCGUUUGCAAAACUGCAUAUUAUCAAGGAUGAGGCAUUUUGGUGUUAUGGUCUGAUGAGAGUAAAUUUCAAAUAUUUGGCUUUAAAAAACGACAAAGAGUUUGGCGCAGACCUUGUGAUGCACUCUUAG